AUGCAGCAAAUCCAGCUUCUCGUCAGAUGCUCAUUGCAUGCGAUCACAUCGACUGAAUGGACGAACACGACGUCGGAUUCGGCCAUCAAGUCCAAGCUGAACUACCUCACUAAUAAUGUCAUCUCCCAAUGGCGUGCUGUUUGCCCUAAUUCCGGUGCUUACAUGUCCGAGUCGGAUAUCCAGGAAUCGGAUUUUCAACUGGCUUUCUAUGGUAGCAACUAUGAGCGUUUGUAUAAACUUAAGCAGCGGUAUGACCCGAAAUCCUUCUUCUAUGCGCCUACCGGUGUUGGUAGCGAGGAGUGA